AUGGGAUUUUUCUGUGACCUUCUUCACUUAGAACCAACUCCUUGCCCUCCUGGAACAUAUUCCAAUAUCUCAGGACAGAAAUCUGGAAGUCAUUGCAGGAUUUGCGACGCUGGAAAAUAUUUUCCUGCUUACAAUGCAACCACUUGCAUAUCUUGUCCAUCAGGAUAUAGUUGCCCAACGGCAACAGCUGUAGGAUCAAGCUGUGCAAGUGGACAGUUUUCUGUGAUUGGUCAGGGGAUUUGCCUGCAGUGUCCUGCGGGCUACAAAUGUCCCUCGUCAGAUCUGCUUCCGGUACAAUGUGAAGAGGGUUACUUCUCUGCUGAAGGCGAAAUAUAUUGUCAUAUUUGCCCAUCUGGAUUCUCGUGCAAUCCUGUAUUUCCAAGUGCAGGACCGAUUCCAUGUCCAACAGGCACAUUUUCUUUUUCAGGAAGUACUGUUUGCGAGGACUGUCCACCCGGCUACUAUACAAGUAUUGCAUCAAAUUGCUCAGAGCACGGUCAAGGAGCAUCGAAUUGCACUAUUUGUCCUCCUGGUCACUACUGCGCGAAUCAUUCAUUGCCAGCACGUUGCCCCCCUGGGAAAUAUGCACAAGGAGGUGAGCAGACAUGCUCAGAGUGCAUUGCCGGCUUUUUCUCUCAAGAGGCUGCAGAGAACUGCACUCCAUCGUGUCCCUAUGGAACCUUCUGCGAAGGAAAUUGCUCCUCUUGCAAUGUGUGCCCUCACGGAAAGUACAUGCCACAAACUGGAAGUGCGGAAUGUUUAGAUUGCCCGAUUGGAAGCUACUGUCCCAAUGCAUCAACUAUUUGGCCUUUGAGUUGCCCUGCAGGGUACUACUCUGAUCAAGGACAACAGGCAUGCAAUGCAUGCGAUGGUGGAACGUUUUCAAGUCAAGGGUCAUCAUCUUGCCACCAGUGCCCUGCUGGAUACUUCUGUACACAAGCGUCCACGUAUCCUUCAAUCUGCUCUCCGGGCACAUUCUCAUUGAACUCCUCGUCACAUUGUCUCAAUUGCGAACCUGGCUCUUUCUCAGAUUCUGGUUGGGCGUAUUGUGAAACAUGUCCGGCAGGAAUGCAAUGCUACAAUCAGCAACAUCCAGUACAGUGUAACCCGGGAACUUUUUCUGUUGGAAAUCAAAGUCAAUGCAAGCUUUCAUGCGAUGUUUGUCCUGGAGGGUUCAGUUGCCCUCCCGGCUCCACCGCGCCUGAACCAUGUGCACCAGGGUGGUAUUCUGUAGAAAAUGCUGCAGCAUGCUCUAGAUGUGCGCAAGGGACCUACUCCUCUCUCGUGAGUACUUCUUGUUCGACAUGCCCAGCUGGAAUGUUCUGUCCUUUCGGUCUUGGUCCAUUUGGAUGUCCUCCUGGUUACUAUUCCAAUGGUUCGUCUACUUCAUGCCACGUGUGUCCG